UUUCCAUCACUUUGCUGCUCAUCUCCAUCCACAUCCACUCCUUCCUGUCAUAGACGACCCGUGAUCCUAGCCGUGAGGUCACCAUAACCACCACAAGCAUCAUCAGCAUCAAAAUGUCCGACGUCAACGCCAAGGCCUUCCCGCUCGCCAACGCGCAGCUCACCAACCAGAUCCUCGACGUCGUCCAGCAGGCCUCGCACUACAAGCAGCUCAAGAAGGGCGCCAACGAGGCCACCAAGACGCUCAACCGCGGUAUCUCCGAGUUCAUCAUCAUGGCCGCCGACGUCGAGCCCAUCGAGAUUGUCCUCCACCUCCCCCUCCUGUGCGAGGACAAGAACGUCCCCUACUGCUUUGUCGCGUCCAAGACUGCCCUUGGCCGUGCUUGCGGUGUCUCGCGCCCCGUCAUCGCCGUCUCGGUCACCACCAACGAGGCCCGUGAGCUCAACUCGCAGAUCCAGGCCAUCAAGAACGAGAUUGAGAAGCUCCUCAUCUAAUCAAAUGUACUUUGUUACAGAGGCGGGCCAGUCUCUGUAAUUUGAUGUAUGUACGCAUGCAAAGAUCAACAUAG